UCUCCCUUAGUCAAACCAAAACAAAAAGUAGAUGUGCAAGUAUUUCAAGAAGAAGGGGACCUGCGUGGAGCUCUAAUGGCUACUCUAUCCCGAUUCCGUGGCAGUUUAGUGGGGGCAGUUCUGGGAGACUGCAUAGGAGCUAUAUACGAGUGUGAAGGGAAUGUCAAACUCAAAGACGUGCUGAAGACCGUGAAGGAUCUUGAAACAAACUUUAAGAAAUUGAAAGAUGGCGAGAAACUGGAGCUUCUACCUUUCACAGACGACACGGCCAUGGCUAGAAGUGUGGCUGCAUCACUCGUUGCCAAGAAAGGUUUUGAUGUCAAGGAUAUGGCAAAAAGGUUUACAGAUGAGUUUCACCUGGAGCCGAACCGCGGCUAUGGCGGGAGUGUGGGAGCAGUGUUUGCUGCCUUGAGGAAAGAUGACCCUGACGAUGUGUUUGAGCCUGCAAGGAAGCAGUUUGAUGGUCAAGGCUCCUAUGGCAAUGGUGGCGCCAUGAGGAUAGCUCCCGCAGCACUAGGCUGCCUGAAACAGGGAUUUGAAAAUCUCAAAACUGUAACAGUGGAUAUCAGCCAGAUAACUCAUUCCCACCCCCAGGCAAUCCAGGGGGCCGUGUUACAGAGUAGUGCCGUGGAUCUGGCGCUCAGGGAGGACCAAUCAGAACAGUUAGACAGGGAUCGCUUCUUGGACAAGCUUAUUGAGAGAAUAAAGCCCAUGGAAGAGGAAGAACUGAAGAAAUCAAAGGAGACAGUGACGGACUCGCCAUCUCCGAAACGUAAAGCUAAGAGAAAGUCAGACACAGUGGAGAUGCCAUAUUGUCAUAAACUGGAAAAGAUGAAAGAGUUCCUCCGGAAAGAUGUGUCCGUCAGUACCAUUGAAGAAGAAUUGGGCAAUGAUAUCUCUGCCCUGGGAUCUGUCCCUGCAGCCGUGUACAGCUUCUUGAAGGCGUACAAGGAAAUACCUGGCAUUAAGACUGACAGUGCUUUCAAAAGGACAAUUAUUUACGCCAUUUCUCUUGGAGGAGACACUGACACCAUCGCCACAAUGGCGGCGGCUAUGGCUGGAGCAUACUAUGGCUACGAGGCUAUUCCUGAAUCCUGGCAGGCAUCGUGUGAAGGUGUGGAGGAUGCCAUGAAGUUUGCCCAGGACUUGCUGGAGCUGCAGUAGCUGGGAUUUGCCUAGGACUUGCUGGAGCUGCAGUAACUGAGGUUUGCCCAGGACUUGCUGGAGCUGCAGUAACUGAGGUUGGCCUAGGACUUGCUGGAGCUGCAGUAACUGAGGUUUGCCCAGGACUUGCUGGAGCUGCAGUAGCUGGGGUUUGCCCUGGACUUGCUGGAGCUGCAGUAACUGGGGUUUGCCUAGGACUUCCUGGAGCUGCAGUAGCUGGGGUUUGCCCAGGACUUGCUGGAGCUGCAGUAACUGGGGUUGGCCUAGGACUUGCUGGAGCUGCAGUAACUGAGGUUGGCCUAGGACUUGCUGGAGCUGUAGUAACUGAGGUUGGCCUAGGACUUGCUGGAGCUGCAGUAACUGAGGUUGGCCUAGGACUUGCUGGAGCUGCAGUAGCUGAGGUUUGCCCAGGACUUGCUGGAGCUGCAGUAACUGAGGUUUGCCCAGGACUUGCUGGAGCUGCAGUAGCUGAGGUUUGCCCAGGACUUGCUGGAGCUGCAGUAACUGAGGUUGGCCUAGGACUUGCUGGAGCUGCAGUAGCUGGGGUUUGCCUAGGACUUGCUGGAGCUGCAGUAACUGAGGUUGGCCUAGGACUUGCUGGAGCUGCAGUAACUGAGGUUGGCCUAGGACUUCCUGGAGCUGCAGUAACUGAGGUUGGCCUAGGACUUGCUGGAGCUGCAGUAACUGAGGUUGGCCUAGGACUUGCUGGAGCUGCAGUAACUGAGGUUGGCCUAGGACUUCCUGGAGCUGCAGUAACUGAGGUUGGCCUAGGACUUGCUGGAGCUGCAGUAACUGAGGUUGGCCUAGGACUUCCUGGAUCUGCAGUAGCUGAGGUUUGCCCAGGACUUGCUGGAGCUGCACUAGCUCUGUAGUAAGACAGACAAAAUGUGAUGCAAAUGUUGACAAUGGGAGUCUCAGUCAGUGUGCCUGGUUCUCACAGCCUCAUCCUUUGACACGUACAACACAGAGUGUGUGCUGAGGUUGCAAAGUAGUUUCUAUGUUUUACACUUCAUGUGGGAAGGCACUGGUGUCAACAUUUCAUUUUGAUCAACUCCAAACAGUGAGACAAUUUCAUAUCUUGUCUUAUCAACCUAUAGUGAUAGCAUCCUAUUGUUCUUAUGGGGCCUUCAUUUUGUUGAUAAACCUCAAAGGUAGUCAACAUACUUGAAAUCCUGGGGAUAUCAACAUUUUGAAGAACCUCUCGUUACAUCACCAAAGGUUAAUAAACAUCCUUUUUAUAUGUGUCUAAAAUUGAUUUUUGACUGGUUAAAAGUCACUAUUUCUUUACAUGAAAAUUCUAUGAUGUGAAUCAAACCUGCAACCUCACAUAUCAUGGUCAGUAUUGUAACCUUCUGUUUUCCAACGGAGUCACCGGGGCAGUUGAAGAAAAGGUGGUCAAUCUUACUUCAGACUAGUUUAGUUGUCUGCAUGCUGCUAGUGGUCUUUCUCACGCCCGCUUUCAUCAAAUUUGUUUUAUACAGCAACUAUUGUAUUGUUUCACUAUAAGGUUUCCCGAUGUUUACUUAAUCUUUCUGGUAUUUCUUGCAUUGAGAUGGUUCACGAGUUAGUCUGAACACUCCUCCUCUAAGUUAUGCUUCAACUAUUGAAUUGUAAUAUCUUUUUUAAAAUUGACGGAGUCAAAAUAUAAAAUUCUUAAUUAUUUAUUCCCAAGUUCUACAUAAACUAUUUAUCUGUUAAUUUCCACCCAAGAAUCAUCCUCAAUUAUCCAGUGUAAUUUUCACCAUUCUGUCAUGAUAAAUACCCAGGGCCCAUUUGCUUCCAUACAUUUGUUUUUGAGCACAAUUUAAAAGACACAAUACUAAAAAUAGACUUCCAAUCAAAUUACUCUCAUGGGCAAGAGAAUUUCUGUGUGAAGUUAGUGACAGGAGAAUUGUGAGAAUGUUGUCACUUCCAACAUUCAACUAUGAAGGAAAUGGUUCGAGGGUAUUUUAGUUCCAUUUUUUUAGUUCUAGCCCACUGAGCCACAGAUUUAACAUGAAUACCCCACUCAAAGUAUACUGACUCCGAGCCAACCAAUCCUUGUUUUAUCCCUCUACUGACAAGCGCCAGGCAGGGUAACAGCCGGGGAUCAAUCCACUGAUCUUCCACUCUCCGGGCAGACGCUCAUUCCACUAGACCACAUGGGCGGUCAGAUAGUCAUGUAAGCCAGGACUAGAAAUGUAGUCACUUUAUGCAGUAACCGGGGACUCGGUCUCCGCGACUUAUAGACAUAAUACUGUAUAAAUUAUGUCCUAAAAUGAGACCUCAACAAUCAGGUUACUUUGACAUGUUAUUUUUGAAAGUGAUUUUUUUCCAACCCAUUUUAGUCCAAUUUUAUCUUCUUUGCCCGCGCCACGAUGUGUGUGAAGAUGUUGAUUGAGGCAACAGAUGUUCGUAUUAGUGAUUGGUGUGGAAGUGUAUCUGAUACGUUGCACAAUGUAUUUUACAUUAAUUUAUUCCAUAUGAACAAUAAAGGCAGCAUAAAUACUC